AUGUUUGGAAUUGAAGAUAGAAAAUACUAUGGAAAGAGAAUACCAGAAAGAUACUAUGGAAUAGCUGAUGGAUGUUUUAGUGGAUGUAUUGAUUUAAUUGAAAUCAAAAUACCAACAAAAAUUGAAAUAAUAGGAAAUUAUUGUUUUGAAGGAUGUUGUUCAUUAAGUGCAGUUACUAUACCAACAAGUGUUAGUGAAAUAGGGAAAUGUUGUUUUAGUGGAUGUUCAACACUAAGAAGUAUUACAAUACCAACAAGUGUAAGUAAAAUAGGAGAUGGAUGUUUUUAUGAAUGUGAAUCAUUACAAUCAAUUAAUAUAUCAACAAGUGUUAAAAGAAUAGGAAAUUGGUGUUUUAGUUCAUGUUCAUCAUUAACAUCAAUUAAUAUACCAACAAAUGUUAUUAAAAUAGGAGAAAGAUGUUUUAAUGGAUGUACAUUAUUAAAAUCAAUUAGUAUAGAAGAUGUAAAAUAUAUAAGUGAAGAAAGAAUAUUUAUGAAUGAACCAGUGUUAAUUAGUAUUGAAAUACCAGAAAAAUUAAAAAUGAUAAGUGGGAAGAAUAUUGAAAAGAAAGAUAUUAAUGAAUUUGUUAUAACAACAAGUAUUAAUGAAAUAGGAAAUGGCUGUUUUUCAGAAUGUGAAUCAUUAAAAUCAAUUAAUAUCCCAACAAAUGUUAGUGAAAUAGGAGAAGGAUGUUUUAAAGGAUGUAAUUUAUUAACAACAAUUAAUAUACCAAUAAAUGUUAGUAAAAUAGGAGAAGGAUGUUUUGAUGGAUGUCCAGAAGAAUUAAAGAAUAACAAAGUACUAAGAAAGGUAUAUUAUCAUUAUGAUGAUGGUUGUGUCAUUGUUUAA